GGUACAAAUUGACCCGACACCGGGUGAUUAAAACAAGUUCAUUUCCUGGACUCAAUGUAGACUGUCAACAUUCGAGGAGUCAGAAAAUGCUGCGUUUGUUAUGCGUGAUUCUAUGGAUAACUUCUGGGUUUGCUUUGGGUGGGGACAUAGGAAAGUUCUGGCAGUUGUCAGAUGUCCAUUUUGAUCCCGACUACAGUCAGAAUGGGAACCCCAAGAAACAGUGCCAUUUUAGCAAUGACAGUACUGGGAACCCAGGUUACUAUGGCAACUACUUGUGCGAUUCCCCUUUUAAUCUUGUGGAGUCUGUCAUUGAAAACAUGAGAAACAUGGAGGCAGAACCUGACUUUAUACUGUGGACAGGGGAGUCAGACACAGGGGCACAAUCCAGACAGAUACAGGGACACAUGCAGACACGGAGUGAGACACAGGGGCACAUUCAGACACAGGGCAUCAGACAUGGGCACAUUAAGACACAGAGUCAGAUGAAGGGGCACAAUCCAGACAGAUACAGGGACACAUUCUGGAAGAGCGUAGAUGAUGUCUUUGGACUGAUAAGAAACAUAUCUACAGUUCUGAAGGAAGCAUUCCCAAACACCACCCUGCUUCCUCUGCUGGGCAACCAUGAUGCUUUCCCAUCCAAUCAGAUGCCUCUGGUGGAAAGUGGAACUCAUUACUAUGACGAUAUCCUGACCAAGGGGGACUGGUCGGAACUCCUAGAGAAACACGAGCAGGACCAGUUUCAGAAAGGUGGUUACUAUUCGCGGUCUGUACAGAAAGGCUUGAGGCUGGUCAUGCUCAACUCUAACUUGUGGUACUCAAUGAACAAACAAGUCACAGGAAAUCUUGAUCCCAACCAGCAGCUGGCCUGGCUCAGACAGCAGUUGACAGAAGCCAAGGCAGCUCAACAGAAGGUAUACAUCGUGGCUCACAUCUGCCCGGGGGCCUUUGAGAGACUGCAAAGCAUGACCUGGUUCUACCCCGAGUUCAACAGGCAUUAUCUGGAUCUUAUCACAGAACACUCAGAAACAAUAGCUGCCCAUUUCUGUGGCCAUGAGCACACUGAUUCCUUCAGACUUGUGGAGGAUGCACAAGGCACCACCUCAAGCCUCAUGUAUCUAAGCCCGGCCUUGACCCCCUGGAAGAGUCCGCUCCCUCGUCGGGCCAACAACCCAUCAGUCAGGCUGUACCACUAUUCCCGGUCCACCAGCACCAUCAUGGACUACCAGCAGUACUACCUCAACCUUACCCAGGCUAACAAGGAUCAUCUUAGUCCAGGGAAGUGGCAGCUUGAGUACCAGGCAACACAGGCUUACAACAUCACCGACUGCAGCCCCCGCAGCUUCGACAACCUCGCCAACACCUUCCAAGCCUCCAACGUUCUGUUCAAGCACUACAUGGAUUACAACACCGUCAGCUACAACAAUUCAGCAGUAUGUGGACAGACGUGCUACACAAGCCAAAUCUGCGCCAUUCUGUAUCUGGACCUAUACAAAUAUAACAACUGCUUGUUCUGGAGUGGUACAACUCCCCAGCCUCACCACCAUACCACCAGCAACCCCCACCAUACCACCACCCACCACAAACGCCGCCACCCACCACCCCUCCCACAGUAUGUUUACUAUAUUAUUGGGGGUAUGGGAACACUCAUUGUGGCCCUGGCCGUCACGGUCAGCUGUCUAUGUGUGCGGAAACGGAGACAGGGAAUACCUUUCAAAUACAGCCAUUUUGUGGGGCCAAUAAAUUCAUAAUAAUGAGACAUCUCCCAAAAUUAUCUAUUCUUUUGACAAACAGCAUAUCAAAGGCUUUCUUUGUUCAUUAAGCCUAAUCGUUUAUAACAACUUUCUUGAAAAACUAGCUAAAAACCAUAUGAGAAGGCAUUUAAACAAAUUUCUGAUUAACUAGUCAUGGGAAAACAGAAAAAGUAUUGAUAUUGCUGUACAUUAACAAUAACACAGAAUAGGAUUGUGGAAUAUUUGCCUCUUAAUGUAAUAAGUUCAUGUGGCAGUGAUUAUUUAAUUUCAAUUUAAAAAAAAAUUCAAAAUGGCCACUGUGGCAGCCAUAUUGGGAAAUUUAAGAAUUCUUUGAUCUUUCUAACAUUAUUCCUGAUCUAUGAUUGUGAUUCUUAAGUGGUGAAUAUCAAAAUUACAUUUUUCAACAUGGUACUCAAAUAAUGAGUGAUGACUAAAUUGUUUUAUGUUGGUGAAAUUUCUUUCGAUGAAACCAAUGUGAUUUUAGGAUGCAUUUCAUUGAC